AUGAUAUGGGAUAGACUUCUUCGACCAUGGACAUCGAAAUAUCCAGAAUAUUACUAUGAAGAUCUAAGAAGAUUUCAGCCUCGACAUUAUUAUGAACAACCCGUUAUGCCUUAUACACAUAGAGAUAGACGUCAUAGACAUCGACAUCAUGGUCUUGACCAAUCAAUGCGUUCAACAGUUACUAAAGAAAUGUUAGAGUUACAUAAUCGUCAUCGUGCACGUCAUUGUGCAAGACCAUUGACUAUAAGUCAAAGAUUAAAUAGAAUUGCACAGGAUUAUGCUGAACAUUUAGCAGCUACAUCUAAAUUUGAACAUAGUGGAACUAAAUUUGAAGGUCAACAUAUGGGAGAAAAUCUUUAUAUGAAUUGGAUAUCUGAUGGUCAUGUUACAGUUAGUACAAAAGCAGCAGUAAAAUUUUGGUAUGAUGAAAUAGCUCUACAUGAUUUUGAUCGUCCAACAUUUUCAAAAGAAACCGGUCAUUUUACACAAAUGGUAUGGAAAGAUAGUAGAAAAAUGGGUGUUGGAGUAGCUCUAUCACCUGAUAAACGAGAAGUUUAUUUUGUAACAACCUAUUUUCCUGGAGGAAAUAUUAUUGGCCCUGGAACAUUUGAGAAAAAUGUAUUACCACCUAAUUGUUAA